AUGCGCACGUCGUGGCGCUGCGUGCGGUUCACCUCCACCAGUACCGUCACCAUCAUCCCUCCAGUCCACGCCAUCACCAACCCCGACCAUCACGCUGCUGACAUCGAGGCGCCAUUAGUGGGCUAUUUGCAGUCACGCUACUUGGUGGAGUCCAUCACCAACGACGAGUUGUUCGAGCUCAGUCUGAACACCAGCGGCAAAAAGUUCAAGUUGUACUGUGGAGCAGACCCCACCGCCACCUCGUUGCAUUUGGGCAACUUGUUGCCAUUGAUGGUAUUGCUACACUUCCACUUGCGGGGCCACGACGUGGUGGGCCUCGUGGGAGGCGCAACGGGUGCCGUGGGCGACCCCAGCGGCAGAACCACCGAAAGAUCCCAACUUGAGGACAAGCAAAGGCUCGAUAACGUGCAAAAGAUCCAGAACCAGAUGGUGGCGUUUCUCAACGGUGGUGUGGAGUACGCAAAGUCGCGUAACUACCCCGUCAACCCCGAUGGCCACAUCUCCACCGCCAACAACGCCAGCUGGUGGGAAUCCAUAAAGAUGUUAGACUUUUUGGCCAAUUACGGCAGGUUCAUCAGAGUCUCGUCCAUGUUGGGAAGAGACUCCAUCCAGUCUAGGUUGAAGUCUCAGCACGGCUUGGGAUUCAACGAGUUCACCUACCAGAUCCUCCAGGCGUACGACUUCUGGCACUUGUACAAGCACCACGGAGUCAACAUGCAAAUCGGCGGAAACGACCAGUGGGGAAACAUUACCGCUGGCACUGAUUUGAUCUCCAGGUUGCAGAAACAUUUCAAGGUCAAAGAAGAGUCCACCUAUGGUAUGACAGUUCCCUUGUUAACUACUCCAACCGGUGAAAAAUUUGGUAAGAGUGCAGGAAACGCUGUUUUCAUCGACACCCAGCUCACCAGCCCCUAUCAAAUGUACCAGUACUUCAUCAACACCCCGGACGAGAUGGUGGCCAGACUAUUGAAAGUAUUCACAUUGUUGCCAUUAAGCGAGAUUGAAGGUGUGGUAUCGAAGCACGAAUCUGACCCUGGCCUUAGAUUGGCUCAAAGAAUCUUGGCUAGAGAGGUGGUGGACUUGAUCCAUGGAAAUGGCGUAGGCGAGGAAAUGGCAUACAUUACCGGCUUCUUAUUUCCCACCCCAGACCAACCUUUCAACGAUGAGCUUUCCGCGGAUAGGUUGCUUCAAAAUUUCAAAAGAUCGGGAAUCUUGGUCAAUUUGAAGUUUGAAGACUUCAACACAGACGACUUGAAAAUGAGCACACUUUUGUCCCAAAUCAUAGGCAAAUCCAAGAGAGAAACCAAGAACUUAAUCAAAUCGGGUGGUAUCUACUUGGGUUUAGAAAGAGACCAAUUCGAGGACCCAGAGGAUGUGGUUUUGUUCGAUAAAGACAACCAUUUGCUUGACGGAAAGUUGAUGUUGGUAAGGGUAGGUAAGCAAGUGUACCAUGUGGUGCACUUUACAUAG